GCGACGGAGCGAGCGCAGCGCUGACAGCUCUCGGGUGCUGGGCAGGAUGAGCCCCGGAGAGGAGCGGCCCGCGAAGGGGGGAGCCGGCCCCGACGUCUCCGAGCUGGAGCUGCUAAAGCAGCGCGCCGUGGAGCGCAUAGACGCGGCGGCGGAGCGCCUGGGGGCCCUGAGCCGCGCCAUCUGGAGCGAGCCCGAGCUGGCCUACGAAGAGCACCGUGCGCACCGCGCGCUGACGCGCUUCUUCGAGCUGGAGCCGCCGGCCGCCUCCUGGGCGGUGCAGCCGCACUACCAGCUGGCCACGGCCUUCCGCGCCGAGUGGGAGCCGCCGGGGGCCCGCGCCGCGCCGCGCCCGCUGCAGCUGGGCUUCCUUUGCGAGUAUGACGCGCUGCCUGGCAUCGGGCACGCCUGCGGGCACAACCUGAUCGCCGAGGUCGGGGCGGCGGCCGCUCUGGGUGUGAAGGGGGCCCUGGAGGGGCUCCCCCGGCCUCCGCCGGUGAAGGUAAUUGUCCUAGGAACCCCAGCAGAAGAAGAUGGUGGUGGCAAAAUUGAUUUAAUUGAAGCUGGGGCUUUUAAAAACCUUGAUGUUGUUUUUAUGGCCCAUCCAUCCCAAGAGAAUGCUGCUUAUCUACCUGAUGUUGCAGAGCAUGAUGUGACUGUGAAAUACUUUGGAAAAGCAUCUCAUGCUGCUGCCUACCCCUGGGAAGGAGUAAAUGCAUUAGAUGCUGCAGUUCUCGCCUACAACAAUAUGUCUGUAUUAAGACAGCAAAUGAAACCAACUUGGAGAGUUCAUGGUAUAAUUAAAAAUGGUGGUGUAAAACCCAAUAUCAUUCCCUCUUACUCUGAAUUAAUCUACUACUUCCGUGCACCGUCAAUGAAAGAACUUCCAGUUUUGACCCAAAAAGCAGAAGAUUGCUUCAGAGCUGCAGCUUUGGCUACAGGAUGCACAGUAGAAAUUAAAAGUGGAGCACAUGAUUAUUAUAAUGUUCUUCCCAAUAAGAGCCUCUGGAAAACUUAUAUGGAAAAUGGAAAAAAACUGGGAAUAGAAUUCAUCUCAGAAGAUGCAAUGUUGAAUGGCCCUUCAGGAUCUACUGAUUUUGGAAAUGUUAGUUUUGUGGUCCCUGGGAUUCAUCCAUAUUUUUACAUUGGGUCGAAUGCCUUGAAUCAUACAGAACAGUAUACUGAAGCUGCAGGAUCACAAGAAGCUCAGUUCUACACUUUGCGUACAGCCAAAGCUCUGGCAAUGACUGCAUUGGAUGUUAUUUUUAAACCAGAGCUGCUAGAAAGAAUCAGAGAGGACUUUAAAUUGAAACUCCAAGAAGAAGAGCUUUUAAAUACAGUAAAAUAAAAGCCAGAUUUAGGAGAUGCAAUGAAUCAUAAAGAAGUGAAUUCUUUUUUUCUUUAACCUUUUUUAGUGAGGAAGGAGGGCUUGCUUAUUUUUCGGUCUUAAAAGGAGUCAAAUUCCUCUAACCUACAAAGUGAGGACGUGAUACGUAGAAAACAUAUUACCUCAUAUAUCUAAAAUGAAUAUAUAUAUAUUUGAUGGAAUUGUGACUAUUCAGGAGCUGGCAUGUGAUGGCAUUUCUUAACCUGGGCAAAAUGUAGCUAUGAGUAAUAAUACUUUAUAAAUUCAUAUGUUGCAUAAGUGUAUUUUAAAUUAUGCAAAAUAUUACACACCUUAUAUUCAGAAUUGACACAUGAAAGUUGUUUUGGGGUUUUUUUGGUAUUGGGUGGUAAAAUUUUUCUAUAAAGUAGUAUUAAAUUUAAGUUCUGAAUUUAAAAAAAGGUCAUUCUGUAUAUCUAACUUUCCUGUUUUGGUUUAGAGAAGCUCUUCCUUUAUAAUAAAAGUAGAUUUUUAAUCAGGAAUGCUAUGGGAAACAACUAGAAACUCAGGCACAAAGAAUAAGCUUUAGUUUUGCCAUUUGAAGGAAAAUGUUCUUUUUUUUGUAGAAUUCAUUCUGAAAAGUGGCAUAAAAGUACAAUUUCUAAUGCACUAUUACUAUACUAGGAAAGAUGAUAAACAUGUGAUUGGGCUCUCCUAGUAAGGUGUUUGCUUGCUAGCCCAAUGUGUUCUAGAAGGACUUUCUGAGGGAGGAGCAUUGACUGUGCACCAGGCUCUGCUUAUCUUGAUCCUUUUGGUCAUAUAAGUGGUCCUAUCUAUCAAGUGGCCUUUUUCAGGCUUCUCAGAAGCCAGUCUGACCAGCAUGGCUGGAGAACAUUGUAGUUUAUUGAGCUUAGGAGGCACAAUGUUAAGCACCUUUAAGGUCCACUGUAGCCCAGUAUUAAUUAGAAAGUAUAAGUUUUUCUUGAGUUUUUUUUGUGUGAAUUUCAUCAGCAUGAUAAAAGAGGCUAAGAAAAGUAUCUGAUAAAACAAAUAUUUUAAGCUGUGAAUAUAAUACAACUCCUGUAUAUUUAUUUUAAAGGGACUCCCAAUUUGGAUGUCAGCAUUCUAAAAAUUAAAGAGAAAGGAGAGAAAAAUGAGCAUUUGGAGUGUGCUGUUAGCCAGUCACUUGGGCCCUCUGAGCCUUCAGCUCCCCCAAUUUGAAAAAUUAGAUCACUUACCUUUACAGUCCUUAGAACUUCUAAUUCCUAUUUUACCUGGUUAUUUCAAGUUGAAGAAAAGGGGGUACUUUUUGGGAGACUUAGCAGAGAAUUGCUCUUCUUCCUUAUCAGGGGUUUGCAACCUACAACCUGAUUUGAAAAGCACCCUGAUAUUAUAUGGCUAGUGCUCUAAAAAUGAUUCUUAAAAUUUUAAAGGAGUGGGGAGGGUGUUGGGGAGUGGGAUGAGAAAGCAACAGAGACCAGAUAAUGUGACCAGAAAAACUUAAAGUAUUUAUUAUCUGUCCUUUUAUGAAAAAAGUUUCCUAAUCCCUAUCCUAUUCAAGAGUAAAAUAAAACCAUUCCUGUUUGGUUUUGGAUAAAACUUAAAGCCCAGAGGCUGAUGACACUGAGCAGAUUUAGAUGCUAAGGUCCUGAUGUAUUGACCAUGGUAAUCCAUCUGCAGAUUGUCCUUUUUGGGAGUUCUAGCACUUUAAAGGUGUGUUUUCUUUUAGCAUUUACUUUACUCUGAGAUGUGGCUUUUAGAACUUGAUCUUCCAACAUCACCUCUUGUCUCAUUAUUUUCAAUCUCCAACAGUCAUGGUUAGUGCAUAUUUUAUUUGCUGGGAGGAAUCAGCAAAGGCUUCAGACUAAGAAUUGGAUGUGUUGGAGACCUGGUUUUUAUAAACAGAAUUUAAAACUGCGUGUUUUAAAUUCCCUAUAUAAAUUCCUGCACUCUACCUGUAUUUUCUAAAUCCUUGAUAAAAUUUUGGAACAAUGAUUUCCCACUGGUAUCUCCCCUAGUUAAUGUUUUCCUAUCUUUUGGGAAGUGUCAUAAGUUGUUACACAAAGCCUUUGUAUUUUGCUUGUGACUACUUUUUAAAAACAAACUAGAGAAAAUUCAAGAUUAGCAUUCUGUUGUUACCAAUCCAUCUUCCUUGGGGGAACAAGGUAUGGAGUUGGAGCUGGCCUGCAGGUAACAGGCUUAAUGUGCACUAGUGCCACCUACCCAUACCACCCCAGCAACACAGUGAUAACUAAUCUUAAUAUGCCACUAAAAGUCACUUGAGUUUCUAUAUUUUGUCCCCUUUCAGUUUUUGAAAAAUUUGAUCAAAAUGUGGGCUUAUCCAUUGGACUACUUAGUGGAUUUAUCAUGUCAGAAAAGCUGUUAAUAAUUGUGUUGUACUCUCUAGAAGUAUGUUUUUCUUUAGGACUUGACUUCUUACAUUUGUUUAUACUUGAACUGUUUAAUAUAAUUCAGAUUUCAAAAUUCCUUUUUAUAUACCAGUGAGUUAACAGAGCCCUAUUACACUAAAAAGUGUAAAAGAAAUGCAUAAGUAAAUGCUAGCUAAUGUUCAUUAUGCCUUUUAAAUUUAAGAAACUUGCUUCCUUUGUAUUACAGUUUUUCCUUUUGGAACCAAGUUCUUUCUUUACCUUCCUGUUUCAGUGGCAUAUUUCUUAGUUUUGUUGAAUUUUCUUAAAUGUUUACCAUAAAUUAUUGUUAUUGGGUAGUCCUCACAUUUUGGGUUAAAUUUUCAAAAUAUUUUGGAAGGUAAAGGAAGCAAUAGAUUAUAGGUGGACAGUGUCACUUAUAGAUAAGGAAAGGUCCUGUUGAACUCUUUAUACUUAAGAGAUGAAUGCUUACUUUUAAAACUGAACUUUAAAGAAUUUGUAAUUUUAUAUCUUCUUUAUUAAAAACCGUGCAAUUAAGUUUAUCUGCUAGAAUUAGUUUGAAUGAUGACAUUUUAUUAUCAUUUAGAUUCAGUGAUUUUAUAUUUCAAUAUUGAUAUCUGUAUUUGUAUAUACUAUGUUAUUCUUCCACUCUUUGAAGCCUUUCAAAAGGCUUAAUUUGUUUCAGGUACUCCAAAAUCUAAACUUUUGGGGGGGAAAAGCCAAGCUGACUUAGUGCAAAGUUUGAAAUGAAUGAUUAUUAGAAUACUGAAUUAAUUUACCUAAACCAGAGGUAUUGGUGGAUCCCUUGAGGUAUCUUUGUUUAUGGAAAAUAUAGUUAUUACAUGACUUUUACAAUCAUUUGUUGCUCACACCCUGCACUGGAAGCCUUUUCCAUCAAAUAUCAACUUUUAACUAUAUUAAAUUAAUAGACUUUAAAAGGUAUAUGCCAAAUUUUGGUUUAAUUUUAAUUGCAGAUUGAAGGCUUUUUUUUUUUUUUUUUAAGAUUUAUUUAUUUAUACAAGCACUGGGUACAGUCAGAAGCACGGGAGGGUGAGAGAAUUCACCAGAGCCAGAGCGGGGAGCAGAGCAGGCAGAAGGACUGAAGUACACUGCUGAGGGGAGCAGCGGGCGGCAGGAGAGGUCUGCGAGGUCUGCGCGCCAUGUGGGACCCUCCUCCGGUGGCCGGGGAGCAGCCAGGGAUCGAACCGGCGCCACAGAGGCCGCGGGCAGCUUCGCAACCCAGCGCUCAACUGCUGCGCCACCGGGGAGGCCCUUUUUUUUUUUUUUUUUAAGUUUACUUUUUGGUGAUUCAGUAGCAGACUUGAAUAUGGGACCUAUAUAAAACAGUUAUGUGGUACUAUUAAUUUUAAGUUUCUUUAUACCAUGGAAUAUUGAGUAUAGCUAAUAUUUAGCUUACCUCUUAAAAUUUUCAGACUGCUCUUCAUUUUUAACGAACUAGUCAUAUUAUAUGAAUUACUCAGGAAAUCCUUCCCAUUUACUUGCUUCUCUCUGUAGUACUCAAUUAGAGAAUUUAGGAUAAGCGAGAGCAUUUUCACGUGUUUAUGGACACUUGUAUAAACUGAAAGUGUUUUCCCACAGUCCUCCAAAAGACCUUAUUCAUAUAUUGUAUUUUGACUGUUAUAAUUUCAACAAUUCAGUUCAGUGAACGUUUGUUGAAGAGUGCCAACUCCUAAGCAUUGGCGGUAAGAAGAGUAAGACAUGGUCUUUGCCCAAAAAGCUUGUGGUUAAUGAUAAGUUCUUACGAAAUCUGCUUCAUCUGAGCAACACUGGGAUUGAAGAUCCUCUGAAAGCUACAAUCUUGGAAAGUUUUGAGGAAGUGUUUCUAAAAUAUUUUAUAAUACCCAAGUCACAUUAGUGUGAACAUUGGACAGAAGAAGUUAAUAGGGAAAGUCUGGUACAAGAAUGAUUGUCUAAUUUUAUAAUAUGCUCUUUUAAAAAAAAUCUGAUACUUCUGUGUUUUAUGUAUUUCUUACUUUUUAUCUAUAGUAUCUCUUUAGUCUUUUGGAAAUUAUUCUGCUUAGUACUUGUCUUCAAAUUAUCAAAGUAAAAUUUCACUAUGAAAGAAAUCAAUUAUCUGUCUGCUAACUAGCAACUCUUCAUAAGGCUGUAAAGUAGAAUAAACUAUCUUAUAUUUUUAUAGUUUAGCAAGCAUUUGUAAUGUAAUUAUAGUUGAGAA